UGUUGACAGAGGGCAGGCAGGGAAGGGAAAGAGGGUUCAGACCAGAAGGCUGAGACUCCAGGGGCCUGGCAGUCAGAACAACGGAGCAUCACGGCACAGCAUGAGCGAGGGCGGUGGGAGCACAAGAAGACCCCCUCUUCUCUCGCAGGGCCAGCCCCCAGGCAGAGGGAACAGCAGGAGUGGGUCUGUGCAAGGUCUGGGCCCCCCCAUCUCACGGGGCCGGCCCCCAGGCAGAGGGAACGGCAGGAGCGGGUCUGUGCAGGGUCUGGGUCCGGAGAAGGCUGGACAGGGAGCCCAUGUGGAUGCAGGGGAUUCAGGGCUCUCUCCUGCGAGGACCUGCCCGCCACGCGGUGUUCUCCGCAGUACUACGCAGUGGAUAUUUGGGGCAUUUUCUAAGUCUGUCACUUGAGGGUAGAGAUGUUUUUAUUAUAAAAUAAACACGGAGCAGACUGCAAACCGGAGAAUUUUGAACAUAAAACUCAAGGCUUUAAGGAAUGCUUCACUCCCAACUGAAUGCAGAGCCCUUCAGAGCUUGUCCGUGGAGAAGUUUGGGGGAGCACCACCAGGCAGCAGGGACCCAGAGGGACGGCAAGUUCAGCUUUGCAGGUUAUGGCCCUGGGGCACCCCAUGUGGGUGGGAGGCCUCCAGAAAGGGUCCUCUGAGCUGGGCCUUGAUGUACGCUGGGGUUUCAAUAGGCUGAACGUUUCCAAGGAUCUUGCUGGGAAUCGUUACUUCGUAUUGUCCUACUGGGAGCUGCUCUCCCCCUCACGAUGCCUUCACGCCCUUGGACACCUUCCUCCGAGGUUAGCAACGCCUGCCAUCCCUGUCCACUCAGGCUUGGGUUUCCCAGUCCCCAUCCUUUUAACCUGCGGCCUGUUUGUGCCCUUGUGUUUAGGUGAGUCUGUGCAAAUAGGAUAGAGCUAGACUGUGGGGUUGAUUUUCAAAUGCAGUCUGACAAUCUCCAGGCAUAAACAGCGUGUGGGUGCGUGGGGGCAUGUGUGCGUGUGUGUGCGCGUCCUCGUCCCCCGGCUGACGUGGGGCCUGACACAGGAAACGUUUGCUGGGUGUGAGCUGAUCCCCACAAGGAGAAUGAAAACACUAGCAGGUGGACUGCGAGGUCUCGCUUACAGGUGAGGGAGGACACAUGACCCACUGGGCUUAGCCGGCCUGGGAAGCACCGCAGAGCCUCCAUGCCCCACGGCCAGGCUGUACCCGUGUUUCCGCCUGUGUGCUGGUUCCCUGAGCCCAAACCUCCAGUGUGGCUCCUGGUUCGACCCUGUGGCUCAGUCCCACACGGCUAAGCUGCAGGGCCGCUGGGCCGCAAGGAGCUGGCAGGAAGGCGUGGGGGCUGUGGACGUCAGCCAGGAGGCCGGCACGCAGGACGUCUGUGUUAGCUCCCCAGCGCUGCCACCGCACAAACCAGCACAAGUGGGCGGCUCAGAACAGCGCUCUAUUCACUCAGGUCUGGAGGCCACCAGUGUGGGACCAGGGUGCUGGCAGGCGCGCUCCCUGGGGAAGAGCCCUCCCUGCCGCCUCUAGCUUGCGGCGAUGCCCGCAGUGCUUGGCUGAUGUCCGACCUCUGUCCCCACCUUCGUGGCUCCUCUCCGCCAUGUGCCUCUCUGUCUUCACAGGGCCUCCUUAUGAGGACAUCAGCCUUUGGAUGUAGGACCAGGCCCAACUUUAACCCCAUCAACCUGCAGGGACCCUGUUUCCAAAUAAGGCUGCACCCCCAGGGUCUGGGGGUGCACUCUGCUGGCCUCCUUGGAGGCUCAGUCCUCCAAGCACGUGCUUUCAAGUAGGCUGUCAGCCUGGCGCCUUGCCCCACAGGGGUCGGCCGCCUCCUCCUCCUCCUGGCUCCCAGGCCCAGACCUCCUGUUCUGCUGGCUCCUUUCCUCCAGCACCUGGGGGGAAGCCACCCCCCUCCCUCACCGUCCUUGCGGCUUCCCGUGCUCACCCACCACAGCUGGUUGGCAAGAGCUGUCAACAUGGGCAGCCUGUCAUUUCUCACCUCCCAUCUUCUCCUCCAUAAUCUGGCUUUCCCCAUCUGGCACUUCCCAGGAGGUGGGGAUUCAGCCAGGGCAGCCCCACUGGGAUCCAUGCUCAGACCCAGUUUUCAGGGUCUGGAAGUCCCUGCGUUUGUUGGAGGCCAUCCGCCCUCGGCAACCUCCAGGUCUGAAGGGCCUCCGGCUCCUCUUAGAAGAAAGCAACUGUGGAAGGAGCGGGCCCUUAGCCAUCCCACAUUCCCAUCACCUGGCAGGUGGGCCAGACGGGCGCCCCUUCCCUACCGCAGCCUGAGGUGGCUCCUCCGUGCUGUGCCGUGGGCCUGGUGCGUCUGGUUCCCGACGGCGCUGAUGGAGAGGCCUGGCCCUCAUCUCUCAGGCAGGCCCGAUGCACUGCAGGGGUGCCGGAUGCGCAGGGAGGCAGGAGCCAAAACAGGCAGGGCGAGGGCUCGGGCACGUACACAGAGACCCCCCGAGGCUUCCCGGGGGGAGCGGGCGGGCAUUGAGGCAAGGUCUGGAUGUCUUCUGCUGGGGUCCCAGCACCUGGAGGCGACGGGAGGGGCACCUGGACCGGAAUCCUCCCUCCUGAGCCGCAAAGACGAAGUGCCAGACCGCUGGGGCCGGGCGGCGGGGGGUUGGGCAGGGGACGCGCUGCCCUGUUGGGUGGGGGCUGGGGAGGGAGUCGGCAGCGGCUCCGGGCCAGCGGGCCAGCCACGCACGCGCAAGGUGCGCUUCCGGCCCCCCCGCUCUGCCGCCCCUGGCCCGGGGUGGGGGGACGGCUUCACACCUUCGUCCCCCUGGAGGGGCUUCCGGGGUCUGAGGGUCCCCUCGCGCCUCUGCCCCUCGGACCAUCACCCCCGCCCGCCGCCCCCCAGCAUCUGACGCCGGGUCAGCCCGGCCUCCGGAACACCUGCUCUCUCCGCGCCUGGCUCCUCGGACGGACGAAGCUCUCCCGACGGGCCCUCUCCGAGCGUGUCCUCCGCCCUCUCGGCGCUGCGCGGAUGAGCCAAGGGCGGUUAAGGGUUUGGGCUUUGGUAUCCGAGCUGCGGAAGUUCCUGCCGCGCCCGGUCGGGGCUGGGCGACCGCGGGCAAUUCCCGAACCUCUCCCCAGACCGCGCGAGUCGCACGGUGCCCCUCGAAGCCCUCGGUCACUGCCCGCCCCCUGCUCCGCCCGCCCUGCCAGCUCUGGGGUUUCAUGUUGCGCUCAGAAAUCUCGUCCACGCCGCCCAUCUGUGCGUGGAUCUCCUCGUGUCCCUCUCGUGCACGCCUACGGAGGAUGCGCUUCUCAGAGCGAGUGGGUACCGUGGCCCGCGCCGGCCUGCUCACCGUCCCUCCGCCGCAGGGGCCGGAUCGGCUGUCCUUGGAGGCCGCACCCAGGGCAGUUCCCAGAGAAGCCUGGGAGAGCCGCUCAGAGCUGGGUCCACGCAUCCUUCCGGUGCACAGCCCUCCUCGGGUGAGCACCGUGACGCUGCGAUGACAAGCGCCCCUAAGAGCCGCCCUGGCCUCCAUCAAGGAAACAAUUCACAAGAACCAAGAGUCAGAUGAACUGUGACGCUUUACAGGAUCUCUGCUUUGUGGCAAGAAAUGACCCUAGAAACAGUUUGCAGGUGAAGGGCACUUAGAAAAGAACACAGAGGGUGUACAAUUAAUCCCUGAAUCACUGACCACCUCAUUUUAUGGAGGAAGAAACUGGAGCUCAGAGAGGCAACGUGACUUGCUCAGGGUCACACAUUAAGGCAGACCAGUGGCUUCUGACCGGCGGGACUCCAAGCUGAAUGUCUUUGCCUCCCACACCUUGGUUGGUGUCCACAAUGUGGUAUUUAUGGACUGAUUAGUGUAACUUUAUUUUCUUUUACAGUUUAUAUUUAUUUAUUUGAGAGAAAGUGAGAGAGAGAGAGAGCAUGAGCAGGGGGAGGGCCAGAGGGAGAGGGAGAGAAGCAGACUUCCCGCUGAGCAGGGGGCCCCAUGCAGGACUUGAUCCCAGGGGCCCGGGAUCAUGACCUGAGCCGAAGGAAGAUGCUUCACUGACUGAGCCUAACAGGCACCCCUGAUUAAUGUAACUUUCUACAAUAUUCUUUAAACAGGACAAUUUUAGAAGUGCCAACAUAGGGGCACCUGGGUGGCUCAGUCAGUUGAGCGCCUGCCUUCAGCUCAAGUCAUGAUCCUGCGGUCCUGAGUUCGAGUCCCGCACUGGGCUCCCCACUCAGUGGGGAGUCUGCUUCUCUCUCUCUGCCAUUCCACCCAUUUGUACUCUCUCGGUCUCUCUGUGAAAUAAAUAAAAUCUUUAAAAAAGUGACCACGUAAGAAGCUAUUAUUUCUGAUUCAGAGUGCUUGUGUCUCCCAGACCACCCCAUGGCCUCUCGGGAGAGCACCCUGUGUCGCACUGCUGGCUCCUAGGGCCUGGAAGGCAGGGGCCUGGACGGCAGGGAGACAGGUGGGAACUACGGCAGGGUUCCUUCUCUGUCCUGUUGCUCCCACAAAACACAUUCCCCUGCACAUGGGGGAGAGAUGAGCUGCUUUUUAAAUUAACACCAUGAAAAAGUAUCUUCUUUGUAAGUGGACAAGUACUCCAAGACACUAAGAUUCUUCCAGACUGUGAUGCUUUAAAGGAAUAGCUAUAUUGCCCACACCAUGAGCCACAGGGACUCUCACUCUGUCAGGCACUAGAUCUGGGAUGACACACACCUGCACACUCUCAGGAUGA